AUCAUUGUUUUUUAUUGUAGAAAAUGAGGUAAUAAUUCUAUGCUCACUGAAAAUCUUCAUGGCAUCAUUCAGUCAUGCAGAAAAUGAGAUUACAUGGAAAGCUAGAAAAGCCUGGUGAACAUUUGAUGGUCUGCCAUCAUGAGGUUCUCCGAACAUCUUGGAACACAUCUUACACCUGAAUGGAGAAGUCAAUAUGUGCAAUAUGAUGAAUUAAAGAAAAUUUUAUAUCAAGCCCACGAAAGAGCUCCAAAUGCAGAAGAUGUGAACGAGGAAGUCUUAAGGCAACACUUUACCAAGUAUGAGGAUGGAUUUUUCAUGUUUUGUGAUAAAGAGCUAGCUAAAGUAAAUACAUUUUUUGCUGAAAAACUUGCUGAAGCUGUUAGAAGAUUUAAUGAAUUGCAGUUGGAGAUAGCUAAUACUGGUGUCAAAAGACUUCAGAGAGUUGCAAAAAAUGCUAACUUUGAUCUAUCAGAUCUUGAUGAGUUUCAAAUAGGCCGCAAAAUAGGAAAGAAAAAAUUAGAAGAAAUGAAAUUUGCUUUAGGAGAGUUUUAUUUUAGUCUGGUACUUAUUCAAAAUUUUCAGCAACUUAACUUCACAGCUUUCCGCAAGAUCUUAAAGAAACAUGAUAAGAUGUUCAAGACAACCACAGGUGUUGAAUACAGAGUAAAAAAAGUAGAGCCAUCCACAUUUUACACUAACAAGCAAAUUGAUGAACUUAUUCUUGAUACAGAGACUAUUGCGAUUGAAGAUUUGGAAGGUGGUGAUAGAGCAAAAGCAAUGAAGAGACUCCGAGUUCCUCCUUUAUCUGAAAGACAAAGUUUAUCUUCAUCAUUCUGUUGGGGAUUGUUUUCUGGUAUUUUUAUCAUUCUGGUCAUCGUGCUUUGUAUUUCUGCUUAUUACAAAGGUGAUAAGUUAGAUUGGCAGCCAGCUGUUCGUAUGUACAGAGGGAUGUUAGUAACCUUUAUUAUGGUGGGCCUACUUGGUGUGAAUAUUCAUGGUUGGGGACGCGCUGGUGUUAACCAUGUAUUGAUAUUUGAACUGGAUCCAAGACAUCAUCUUACUUAUGUCAACAUGUUAAUGAUAGCAUCGCUGUUCGGCACACUAUGGUGCGUCAGCUGCUUGGCGUUUUUGUUUAGUGAAGAUUUCCAUUUACCUGUGUUUGCACAGCCCAUCAGUCUUGCUGCAUUCUCUCUCUUAUUUCUCUUCAACCCGACAAAAACAUUCUAUCAUCGAUCAAGAAGAUGGCUUAUUAGAAUCCUGUUCCGCAUUUUGACCGCGCCGUAUUAUCCUGUCCGUUUUGCUGAUUUCUGGCUGGCCGAUCAGUUGAACAGUUUGGUUGUGCCGUUGUUAGAUUUUCAAUAUCUAGCUUGCUUUUAUAUAUACGAUUGGUAUCAGGAUGGUGAUGAUCGAGUAUGUACUGAUCCGAAAAUUAUAAUUCGUCCAGUCAUAGCUCUCCUUCCAGCAUGGUGGAGAUUUGCACAAUGUCUCCGACGUUACAUAGACACGAAAAAAUCUUUUCCUCAUUUGGUAAACGCAGGCAAAUAUUCUACAUCCAUGUUUGUGACUCUGUUUUCAACACUUUCUUCUGUCCGAGAUCAUGGCGAAACCGGAAACCCUUUAUUUUAUUUCUGGGUUUGCUCUUUACUCGUCAGUACGUUUUACACCCUCUUUUGGGAUAUCCGAAUGGACUGGGGUCUGUUUGCAAAGAACGCGGGAGAAAACAAAUUUUUGCGGGAACAGAUCGUCUAUCCACACAAGGCAUACUAUUAUCUUGCUAUGUUGUUUGAUUUACUUUUUCGAUUUCUUUGGACACUCACGGUCUCCAUUGGAAAUGCUGGUUUUCUCCAUCACGAAUUUUUCACUCUUUUUAUUGCAACAUGCGAAGUCACUCGUCGUUUCGUGUGGAACUUCUUUCGUUUGGAGAACGAACAUCUCAAUAAUGUUGGAGAAUUCCGUGCUGUUCGCGAUAUUUCGAUAAAACCAAUCGUAUCUAAAGAAAAAAGAAAACAGUCCAUGUCUCUCGAACACUUGAUGGAUCUGGAAGAAGGCCCUUUACCCAAAGGCAAGGCUGUAAAACACAUUCUAGAUGCGUCCGAAUCUGCCACUUCCAGCACAGCUGGCCCAAACAAAUUGUCAAAUACGAUCAAAAUAGUCUGACUUAUCGAGGUAUCGUUUAAACACCUACUCGAAAAAAAAAUCACUCGUCCCCUUGACGUUUCAUUGACAUGUUAGGGAAAGUAGUAUAUUUCAAAAAUGUUUUAUUGUUUACAAGUUGUAUAUAUAUGCUAGUUUUUUUUUUUCGAUUUUUUAUUUCUUUUUGUGAAAAUAAUUUUGAUAGUUUUCUUGCAAAA